UCCGUUGGUUUGCAGCCGCCGUGUCUCCUCCCUCGCAGGGCGAAGAAGGGAAGCCAGGGCGGCCCUUCCAGGAAGAGGACCGGGGGAAGAAGCAGAAGAGAGCCGCGGGUGCCCUCGGAGCGCUCCCCUCCUUUCGCUCUCUCCCCGGGCUCUGGGUGGGAGUUACUCCGGAUGGAGGCGCCCGUGUGAACAGGUUGGCUUGGAAGGAGGUAGAAGUGGCAAUGUCCAGAGGAGCAGCAGCACAUGGAACCUCCAACGCUCAGGACCGGGGAUGGGCCUGGAUGGUCUUGGUGGCCACUGUGCUGCUUCAGGGGCUAACGCUGAGCUUCCCCUCUUGCACUGGGGUCUUCUUCACAGACCUGCAGCGUGAGUUCCAAGCCACCAACAGUGAGACGUCAUGGUUCCCGUCCAUCAUGACGGCAGUGCUGCAUGCAGGUGGGCCCCUCUGCAGCGUCUUGGUGGAGCGAUUUGGCUGCAGGUUCACUGUGAUGCUCGGUGGCCUACUCAGUGGAGUGGGCAUGGUUGCCAGCUCCUUCUCCAAAUCCAUCAGCCAGCUCUACAUAACAGCCGGCUUCAUUACUGGCCUAGGAUCCUGUUUUGGCUUCCAGGCGGGAGUGACUGUACUGGGCUACUACUUUGUGCGCCGACGGGCUUUGGCCAAUGCCCUAGCAUCCACCGGUACCUCCAUCGGCCUCACGCUGUGGCCGUUGAUCUCUCAGUACUUGCUGGAUGAGAUGGGCUGGAGAAACACUUUCCUCAUCUUUGGCGGGGUGCUGUUGAACGCUUGUGUCUGUGGGGCCGUGAUGAGGCCAGUCCAGCUUGGGCCUCCCAGGUCACCGCUGCAGCCCCGUCCUGGACAGGAGCCAGGCAACUCAGCUGAAGAUGCACAGCUAUCCAACGGAGCCACCUCUCAUCAGGUGGUGCCCCCACAGCAGGCCAGGUUUGCUGCUUGCAAGCGGACGCUGCAGAAGUACCUGGCUUUUGAUAUCUUCUGCAAAAACAAAGGUUACCAGAUUUACACCAUUGGUGUGGCCUGGAUGGUGAUGGGCUUCGUGCUGCCCCUCAUCUACCUGGUGCCCUAUGCUGUCCGGAACGGGGUGGAGGAGCGCAAGGCCGCCCUCCUUAUCUCCAUCAUCGGCUUCAUUAACAUCUUCAUGCGCCCCAUGGCUGGGCUGCUCUCAGGACUCAAUAUCUUCACCGGGAAGCGGAUUUACCUGUUCAGCCUGGCCGUGCUGCUCAAUGGUCUCAGCAAUCUCAUCUGCGUCAUCUCAGCCGACUUCAGCGUGCUCAUCCUCUACUGCCUCAUCUACAGCAUGUCCAUGAGUGGCAUUGGGGCGCUGAUCUUCCAGGUGCUGAUGGAUGUGGUGGAGAUGGACAGGUUCUCAAGUGCCUUAGGCCUCUUCACCAUCCUGGAGAGCGUCACCAUCCUCCUUGGACCCCCACUCGCAGGUCUUCUGGUGGAUAUAACUGGCCACUUCAGUUAUGUCUUCUAUGCUUCCAGCUUCUUCAUGGUGUCAGCUGCGCUCUUCAUGGGUCUCAGCUUCUGUGCUUUGGACAGAAAGAACAAACUGAAAGAGGCUCUGAAGCCAACCUCCAAUAGCCCCUCCAGAUACCAAUACACUGAAGUGCCAACUAACCCAGAGCUUGAAAAACAAGCCCCUCCUGCCGUCAUGUACAUCACAAGCAUCUGAACAAAGAGGAACCCUUAGAAUUCUGUGGCCCACACAACCGCAACAUGUAGCAUAACUGGAGGCAGAUGGGGGGAAAUGCCUGCUUUCCACAAUAACCCAUCUGCCUCCUGCAGUGAGUAUCUACUCAGCAGCGCUGCCUCAGAUUCCAGAUGGAAGAUCCAGAUCAGAGGCAGAGCCCAAAGCCUUGCAACAGCAAGAAAGCCAAAGAACAAGGAGCACUUCUUAUACCUGGUGCAAGCCCAUAAGGCAAGGACAGUAGUUCUGUGACUUAACAUGUGUGUUACUUUAAGCUAAUAGAAUUAAAUUGACAGUGACUUUUUUUUUUUAUAAAAAGGCUGUACAUUUGUUUAUAUAUUUCAGUUUUUAAGACUGGAAAGAUUUAUUAGGUUAUGCACUACAAUGAUUCCUGACACAGAGACAUUAGUCGCUGCUGGAAGAGUUAAAAUACCACUGAAUCGCCUUGUCUGGACAUGCCAGCCUAGCAAAGACUAACUUUGCAGUGAAGUCAUCUGGUUGCCUCCCACGGGGGCAGGGAAAUCCCCUUUCCUGGGGGAUGUGAUGCUGCUUUCUCCCCUGUCCCCGGAUAUUGCAUGGAUAUUACACAGGUUGUAGAACCUAGGCUUGUGCCUGCUAUCAGUUGUGUCUAGGCCAAAUGAAUUUUUUUACACGCUAGUAACCAAAUUAUUCCUGCAUUUCAAGGGCAUUUUCAGGAAAACAAAGGUUCAAAUCCAAAGCCCCAAUAAAACUGGACAGACUCAAAGUGCCUACAUUUUAUAGCCUGUGCCAUGAUGUCUUAAGCUCUCUCCUCUCCACCUUUACCAGGUGUGCUGCAAGAAAGAGUCUGACCGUUCACGGCCAGUGUAAAUGCACUAAGAAACAGGGAGAAUGAGUGGCAAAUACAGGAAUGGACAUUUUGUCUUUCCAGCACUAGUCCAGGACCAGUACUUUGAAAAAUGUACUGGGCCUGAAAGCAAUUGCACUAGUCCAGACAUAGGGCCAAGUUCAGAGUCAGAGUAAGCUAGACUCUUACACUCAGAGGGCCAGAUCCUCAUCUUAUGUAAAUGGGGAUAGCUCCUCAUCCAAACCUCAGACUUAAUUACACCCAUUUUCCACUAUAAGGGAGUCUACGCUGGUGUCAUUUACAUGCCAAAGAGUCAGAAGAAAUUGGGGCGGGGAGGUGUGGGGGAAAUUUAG